AGUGCUAGUGAAUAAAUGGUUACACCAAACUAAACCGCUUUGUCAUCUUCUUCUAGACAUAGCAGCAAUGUUGCUGGAAAAAAUACAUUUCAGCUUCAGCCUGAUGGUGUAAAAUCCUGUUUUCCCGUUAAUUAUUUCCAGCUUCCGUUCGUACGGUGGGCUUUGGUUUUAGCUUCUAGUGUUAGUAAAUGUUUCUUCCAGGGAUUAUUCAGUUUAUGGCUGGUUGUUUCAGAUGGAUAUGAGACGGAUUUGGCAUGUUCAAGGCUAUUAUGUUGUACUGUUCACGGUCAAAGGAGGGUGACAAACUAUGCAGUGUAGAAGACUGUAAUCCUGGCACAGGAGUGUAUCUGCGGCAUGGCUACAUAUACUCCUCACUAGCAGGCUAUGUGCUCAGGAAAAAUGAGGGAGAGGAGUUACCAGUGAUUUCAGUAGUGCGGGAAACAGAAGCACAACUUCUGCCAGAUGUAGGAGCUAUAGUCACCUGUAAGGUGACCAGCAUCAACCCCAGGUUCGCCAAGGUUCACAUUCUCUAUGUAGGCUCCACACCCCUCAAAGACCGCUUCAGGGGGACUAUCAGAAAAGAAGAUGUGCGUGCAACAGAGAAGGACAAGGUGGAGACGUACAAAAGCUUCAGACCUGGCGACAUUGUCCUGGCAAAAGUGAUUUCUCUGGGUGACGUUCAGUCUAACUACCUGCUGACGACGGCGGAGAAUGAGCUGGGGGUGGUGGUGGCACACAGUGAAGCAGGUGCCCAGAUGGUUCCCAUCAGCUGGUGUGAGAUGCAGUGCCCACGGACACAAUCCAAAGAGUUUCGCAAAGUGGCCCGAGUGCAGCCGGAGUAUCUGCAGGCGUGAGAGCCCUGAAACCUCUCUCUUCUACAAGAAACACACAACUUCCUCACCCUGCUUCAUUCACUGUCAUCACAUAGCCUCCUACCUCUGCAUCAGAUGUUUUCAGAGGUGCUGGACAACAUGCUGUUUGUUCGCUACUUCUGGUUUCACAUAGCUUUCCUUCUGCAUAUUUUGUCAUCAUUUGAUUGUGCCAGCUUGAAAACACCGAAGCAGCACCAGGACAUUCUGAACAAUGUAGUGACUUCUUAGCAGAUUUCAGUGCCAACAAUGCGGUUUUGUUAAGCUUGUCUUAAAAUGCCUGAUGGCAGUCUGGAUUGAACUGUACAUGACAGAAAUGACUUGGCUCUCUCAUGAGAGUACAUCACUGCUGUCAAACUUUCAAAGUGAUCACUACAGUCUUAUGCAAAAGUUUAGGCACCCCUUGAUAAAUAACAGAU